GGCAUUCCAAAACAUCGGAGGACGGUGGUUUGUCAGUCACAUGAUUUGUUGAGCCCUUCUAUCGUUCCAACAUGCCUGAAUUUUGGCUAAUAAGUGCUCCUGGGGACAAAACGAUUCAACAAACCUGGGAAAAGUUAAAUUUAGCUACAAAACCAAACUUAUCUAUUAAUUACAAGUUCCAUAUACCAGAUUUAAAGGUUGGUACUCUGGAUACACUUGUUGGACUUACUGAUGACCUACAUAAAUUAGAUUCUUAUGUUGAAGGAAUAUUGAGGAAAUUAGUAUCGUACAUGGAAGAAAUUUUGGAGGAACAAAAAGACAAAUUGAAAGAAAAUCUCCUGGUGAACAAUGUGGAUGUGUCCACCUAUUUAACAAAAUUUACAUGGGACAUGGCAAAAUAUCCAUCAAGGCAGCCUUUAUUGAAUAUAUCUGAAAUAAUCCAAAAGCAAGUGCAACAAAUUGAGACUGAUUUAAAACAAAAAGCAUCUUCAUUCAACAGCCUUAAAAAUAGUUUGCAAAAUUUGGAGCGGAAGCAAACUGGCAGUUUACUUCUCAGGUCUUUGGGUGAUUUAGUGAAAAAAGAGCACUUCAUCUUAAAUUCUGAAUACCUGACUACCCUUUUGGUUGUGAUCCCAAGUGCAUCAAGUAAAGAAUGGGAACGUACAUAUGAGAGUUUGGCCGAGUAUGUUGCUCCAAGGUCAAGCGUGAAAAUUUAUGAAGACAAUGAACACUGUUUGUAUAACGUGUCCCUGUUCACAAAAAGUGUAGAGGAAUUCAAAACUAAAGCAAGAGAAAAGAAAUUCAUUGUUCGAGACUUCAAAUACUCAGAAGAGGAACUGGCUGCAGGCAAAAGUCAGCAUGCAAAACUUAAGAUGGACAAAAACAAACAGCUGUCCUUGUUAUUCCGUUGGCUGAAGCUAAAUUUCUCUGAAUGCUUUGUUGCUUGGAUCCAUUUAAAGGCUCUACGAGUGUUCGUGGAAAGUGUACUCAGAUAUGGUCUUCCAGUGAAUUUCUGUUGUAUGUUACUUCAGCCAUUAAAAAGUCCAAAAAAGCUGCGAGAAGUUUUAAACAAAAUCUACAGCCAUCUAGACAGCAGCUUAGCUUCAGGUUCUAUUGAGGAUAUUCCUGGGGGCUUAUCUGGCUUUGGCGUUGAAGAUUACUAUCCGUAUGUGUAUUUUAAAAUCAAUGUUGAUAUGACAGAUGAUUCAAGCAAAAGUAAAGUCUAAAAUGUAGCAUCAAUAUUUGCUUAACUUCAAAAUUUGUUUUGAGCUCAUGAGCACAAGGCAAUGAAAAUGCAUUCCUAUAUUCGGAAUUAAAACUUUAUUUUACUCAAGUCACUAGAUGUCUUUGAAAAGGAUGUAUAGGUUAAUAAAUAGAUCAUGAGUUUGUGUCAUGUAUGUACUGUAGUGUAUGCAUUCCAUAUCCUAGGAAAAUUAGAAGCUUUAUUUAUCUCAUUGGUCAGUGUUGACCAAAAUUAUAAAUAAGUAAACAAACAUUCCUUCAUGUUAUCAAAGAAAUAUUUAUACCAAAAAUAAUUUAUUUUGUAAUUUUUAAAAUUAAAAGCAGGGAAGAGUGUUGUACCUUGGGUCACUUUUCACAUUUUAAUUUUUAACGUCAAUUAUUUUAAUCAAAUUGUAAAUCUAAAAGUCACAUUAAAACCACCCAACAUAAUUCUCUGCAAUAUAUAUUUUUUUAAUUCAGACAGUUUGAAAUUAAAAUAUUGCCAGCCAUUUAAAGUAAGAGUUCCAAACUGUCCCAAGGUACAACAUCCUAUUAUACCUUGGGAAACUCUUCAUGAUUCAGGAAACAGCCAUAUACUGAAGUAUACCGUAAAAUCGCGAAAGUAACCCCCCCUAUUUUCAAAACAAAACUUGUUGAUUUCAGAAGGGGGGUUAUAAUCGAGAUUUUUCUGAAAAAUUAGCCAAAAUAAUUGUUUCCAGUAGUAUUAAUUUUAGAGAACAGAAAAGAAAUAAUAAGUAAAUAAGAGUUAAUAUUAAUGAAGAGAGAGAAAUUAAUUAAUAAAAGCCUGUCAUAAUUUUCUAGUAGUAAUAAAUUUGCGUGAGGACGCCAUUUUUUUUUCGAAAGAAAUAAUUUUGCACCUUAAGUUGUCAAAACCCCUAUAGUUUAUCGCUUGAAAAUUCAUUAUGUACUGAAUGUAAUAAGGAUACAGUAAAAUAAGCAAAAUCUUAAUGUUAUUGUUUCAGAAUAGAAGCAAAAAUCGCAAUCACAGCCGCAAAUUCAUUACAAAAAUCGUAAUUUCGAAAACUGAGCUUUAGAAAGUUCGCGAACGCAAACACAGAGAAAUCUCUUACUCGAUUUAGUAAAAUUUACAUUUCUGAUGAUCCUAAACUCGUUCAAUUACAUUAUUUCUCCUUUAAAAAAGGUUAUUUUUAAGUUUCGCACUACUUUUUAAGCAACACGUUUCCAAAAUGGCGUCACGUUUUCAAAAUGGCGCUGUGUUGAAGAUUGUUCAGUUUCACAAAUCGGAACAAAAAUGCUCCUCCCAAAAUGAAUAAAAAGCAGUACAAUCAUAUAAAUUUCUUUUGUAAUACUUAUGAACCAAAAGAAAAAGUGCCCUUGCAUCAAAAGGAGUCUAGACAUUUUGGAAGGAAUAAACCGUGGAGACAAUUUUUUUUCUUUUUUGUUUAAAUCAUUGUGUUUUCUUUUCUUUUCUUUUCUUUUUUUUUAGAAAAGCAAAACUGCACAUGGAGGGGGAAAUUAAACCUUUGUAAAUGCUUUCCAAGUAAAACAGAAAAUGUUAUCCUUCUUUUUUUGGAUGAUGAAGAUGAUAAGAAAAUGUUCAGGUGAAGGGGGGGGGGGGUAUAUUCAGGAUUUUAAAGUGAUUUCACUUUCCACAAAAAAAGGGGGGCUAUAAUCAAUAGGGGGGUUACUUUCAGGAUUUUACUAUGGCCAACAAAUACCAAUUUUACCCCAAAAAAUGGUGGCAAUGAAUAAUGAAUUAUUAUCUAUCAUUAAAUGUGUUUAGAAGACUACAUCAUAUUAGAACACUUUUCCAUGUUCAUAAACAUAUCUUACUUAUUAAGAACCAUACAUAUGUUGUACCUUAGGGCUUGUCCUGAAGUACAAUAUGUUUAGCUGUUCUAAGGCACAAUCACCACAUGAAUUAAGAAAAAACAAAAUGGUAAUCAAUCCAGAUGCACUAUCAUCAAUUUCUCAUAACCAAAAUAUUUAAAGUACUUCUCUUUUACAGCAAAAUAAAAUUCAGUUCAUUAGUUUUAUGAAUACAAAGACAAAAAAUGAAAUAAAAAAUGAAGAAAAUAUUUACUUUGGAGUCAUGAAAUUUUCUUUCUCUCACAAAAUCAUUAAUUUAACUCAUUUGAUGCCACUUGUUACUAUGGCACAUUUAGUGGUGAAGGUUACAAUUGGAGAUUACAAAAAACAUGGCUGCUGAAAAUAGAUUCUUAGAAAUUAGUACUGUACCAAGGUACAAGCAUCCCAAGGUACAACACUCUCCCCCUACAUAAGCUUAAAUGGAUUUUAAAAAAUAUGUUGGACUUAUUCUGAUGUAAUCAGAAACGUUUAUAGUCAUCAUUGUGUUUUAAUAAGCUAUUCAAAUUUUAUUUAAAAAAUCAUUUUAUUUGAGCAAAUAAAAUGAGCACUUCAAAUUUCAUUCAUACAUAAACAUCUGCAUUAAUUGUUCAACAAACAAAAAGGAGCAAACGUCACAAUACCUAAUGUAAACUGAAUUUUUCUUGAUUGCUGCGUUACAAGACAUGAUCAGUGAUGGUAUGCAUGGUUGUAUUUGCUGCCCCUACCAGUGUUGAAUGAUUUAAAUCAUGAAUUAAAUGAGUUGAUUUUUUCAAAAAAAAUCAUUGAUUUAAACCAUUAUUUUUAAACAUUAACAUUGUAAAAGUUCUGAAGAAUGAAUUCGACGGGCAUGAAAUUCGGAGUAUUUUUAUUAGAAAAAAAUAAACAAAUAUUACUAAAAGAAAAAAGAAUGACUCAUAUUGUUGUUAAAUGAAGUAAAAUAAAACUGAUGAUUGAUAAAAAAAUAUCCUUAUAGCAAUAAAAUUUUUAAAAAAUGAACUUCCAAAGGAUAUAUGAAACAUGUUUUUUUUUCAAUGAAAUUAAGCAUAAUAAAUUAGAUUAGAUACUUAUCUGUUAAGAGUUAAGCUAUUUAAUUAUUCAUUUAACCCGUAACAGGGGAGGUGAAAAAGUAGAAUGUAACAGGGGAGGUGAGGUCUCAGAGACCGCUCCAUUUACAUUUUUUUGUUUGUUUAAAUCCUGUAAUUAAGAUACAUUCCUGUAAUUUCUCUUAGAUGUUCUUUGAACUUUUAUCAGCACAGGGAAAAAAUAUAUUUGAAUUUUGAAUCGAAAUAUUCCUUUUUCUGAGAAAAUUAUGCUAGAGUCUUAAGAUUUUUUGAGAAAAUCAUACACUGCAUUAAAUAACUAACUACUCUUAAUAAGAAAAAAUCUAUUAGUUUUUAAUGAUUUCAUUUUAGUUCUUUAAUAUAUACAGAACAUUUUAGUACCAGAAAAUUGAUUAUAUUACGAAAUGGAAAAAUUUUGACAGCCUUUUAACUAUUAGCAUUUCGUUUCAUAUUUUGAGGAAUAAUUCAGCUGUCAUUAUCCCUAGAACAUCAUUGCGUAAUGUUUGUAAACAUUUCAAACAAAUCUCAAUCUCAUAUAGAAUAUUUUGUAUCUCUUCCACGUAACGCGGAUAAGAUAAAUGAACCUAUAUCCGUGGUUCUAAUGUUAAAAGCCGUGCCGAAAAAUUUAACACUGAAUUGGAGGUGCGGUCUCACAGACCACUUCUAAAGAAUGCAAUGAAAUUUAAACCAGAUGCACAAGCCUAAAGAUACUGAUAAGCAAGGGAGUGUUCAAGGUCACAAAACAAAAAGCUAUUGGGGAAAAACCAUUCAAUCGGACUGAAAAUGAAAUAGGGUUGAUGGGAUGAACUUUUGAGCAGUCUCUACGACCGCAUCUCCCUUGUUAAGGGUUAAAAAAUGAACUUAUCGUACAAUCCUUUUCAACUUCCAUGAAAUCAAAACAAUGAAACGAAAUAUGCAUCUUAAUAAAAAUAAUUCUUAAAAAAAAAAAAGGCUGUCCGCUUUUCAGUCUUUGAUUUUCAUUGAAGAUUUUAAAGUCAAGAAGCAAGCAUAUUCUCCUUUUUUUCAAUGAUGCAUUUUAUUUUAAUGUUCUUUUUAAAAAAAACAUUAUUUGAGUUAAAAAAUUCAAUGCUCUACAUUACUUUUAUUCUUUGUUGCCACAGUUAAUAUAAUUCUAUAUUAUUUUUAAAUUAAUUAUUUUUCAAAGAAAAGUGGGAAAAUGUUGUUUAUUUAAUUAUUGAGAAAUGUCUUGAAAAUAGACCCAUCUGGAUAUGGGACUUGAUAUUGUAGCAAGUUUUUGUGAAACUCAGAUAUGCACCUACAGUUCAUGGUUGACAGAUGUGGCUAAAAUUGUGAUCUGGCCAACUGUAAUUUUUAUGUAUAUAAAAAAAAAAUCUAAUUUAACAUCUAACUUGAACAGUUUAAUUUGUUAGUAUCAAAUGUUACUUAAAUACAUUUAAAUUUCAAAAUUUAUAUUUAAACCAAAAAAAUUCAAUUUAAAUUUUUAAAAAAUGAUUUUUUUAAAAAACAAAUCGUGAUUUUUGUCAACUUUGGUCUCUACAGGUUUUAAAUUGAUUAAGAUUUACGUUUAUACUUAAGUGGAGAAAGUAAAUGAUCAAGCUGUGUCAAUAGUUUUAGUACUUAUAAUGCAAAUUAUGUUUUCUUCAAAUUAAAGGAAGUAAAUUUUUUUGUAGUUAUAAUAAUUUUGACUAAAUGUAGGUCUUAACUGUUAUUUUGUUAUUAAUUUAUUUCAUAUCAUUGUAUUUUGAAAUCUUUUCAUAAAAUUGUUUUAGACUUUUGUGCGAUUAAACUUCUGAUACAGUAGACCCUUGUUUACGUUCCUUGAAAAUACCGCGUAAAUCAAAACCGCUUAAAUUAAGACUUAAUAUAAGUGCUAAAAUAAGGGUUAGGUACCAUAGAUAUAAAAAAAGCCCUUCAUUCUAGCGAUGACUAAAUGUGUAAUAAGUUUAAUGUGUACUUAUAUUGAUUUCUCUGCAUAGCAUGCAUAAAGAAAACUCUAGCUUAGUGUUUUUGAAAAGGAGCUGGCUUUGAUAGUCUUUUGGUACUCAAGAAUUUUUUUCUGUAGUUCUUUGCAGAGCAUUAAUGCAUCCAUGAUCAUUUUCAUGAUAGAAUCUUCCUUCACUAACAAAUCAGAAAGAUUACUGUCACAGAAUGGCUCAAAAUUUUCAAUGUUAGCGUUUUUGGUUCUGUGUCAUCCAUGUCGGUAUCUUCGUUGCUUUUGUUCUCCUUUUUCGCUCUUAAAAACUCUUCUUCCAGUGAGUUCUGAACUGUGGACAUCUGAAAAGAGCUUUGGAACCAAUCGCAUAAAAUGUCUGCAGUAACCCAAGCUUGAUUAUUAGCACAUCAAAAUGUAGUUGAUUACGCAUAAUCUGCACUCUUAAGGAGUUUGAAAGAGAGGAAAAUUUUAUCUGUUUGCAUUGCCGCAUCCACGUGAAACCGAAACUCAUCCACAUAAAAUAAAAUAAAGGUGUUAAGUCUUACACUGCGUAAAAUAAACCAGCGUAAAUUGAGAGUCUACUGUAUUUGUUUCUUGUGGCCUGAAUGUUUCAAAAAAAAAAAGGCCUGGCAAAAAUUAUGAAUUAAAAAUCAGAUUGGUUACGUGUAACUGACAUUUGAAGUUAUCUGGAAGAAUGUCAAAAUGUGUUUAAACUUAUGUUAUAAGAUUCAAUAUUUGUUAAAGUCAUAUUAUACAGUUUAAAGUGAAAAACUUUGUUUUAAUUUUUUCCUUCAAAUGCAGUUGGUUAUUAAGAGAUUUAUUUACUGUUACUCUUUGUAAUUUCUCAAAUAAGUGUCUUGUGUGUGUAAUAAAUGUAAUGUUAUGCCAAA